AUGAGGAAGAAGAUAGCAAAAUUAGAAAAAGAACGUUCCGAGUACACUGAAAAUUUAAUGAAAAUAGAAAUAAAAAUACACGAUCUACAGGUUAAGUCCCGCACGGCAUCAAUAGAAUUUAGAAAUAUCCCUAUGCAAGAAAGGGAGACGACCGAUGACCUGCUUUCCAUAGUAAGCAGCGUAUGUAAUGCUCUGCAUAUUCCCAUCAAACACCAUGAAGUGCGGGAUGUUUACCGUCUACCGGGUAAACCUGGAUCGAAUAAAACUAUCGUGGCCAAAUUUGUAACGGUGCGCGACAAAAAUAAUAUUUUGUCAGCGGCUAGAAAUUUCAAUAAAAAGAAACCGACCGAAGAAAAACUUAACUCUGAAUCCAUUGGGUUAUCUGGUAAGCGCAUACCAAUAUAUAUCUCAGAAUAUUUACCACCAAGCUCCAAGCCCUAUUUCGAAAAGCUAGAAUGUACGCCAAAGACAAUAAAUACCAAUAUUGCUGGACGACUAAUGGCCAAGUUUUUAUCCGAAAAUUGA